ACGUUGAUGUCGUCAUCGCAUACGUUCACAGUCAGUCAUGGCGGAUGUUUUGCUGAAAGCCAGUGUCUGUACAUGAACUUAAAAUAUUAGUUCUGAUACAUGUAUUUGACAGGAAGAUUCGAUAUAUAUCAAAAUUGGUAAGGAAAAUACAGUCGAUUUCUAUACAACCACGGUUCUAGUGCAAUCUUCUAAGCCGUGUACCUCGUUGCUUGUGGUGGCGCAGGUAUGUGCUAACAAAGUGCAUUUCGUUACCCAUCUGCUUUCCACAUGAUAUUACCACAAGCAUAUUUGAAUUCGUAAAUAUUUGCCAAGAUGCCGGAGAGAGACGGUUAUGACAAAGACACUUACGGUCCGUAUCCCGAAAACAAAUACCCAGACAGCCGACGGCGCCACGGUCGAUCGAGCAGUGGAAGUUCUCGUGACUCAAGUCCUGGGGCGAACUGGAGAUACGAAAACUAUUUUGUGAAAGAGGAGCGCAGCUCUAGUUCUAAACACAGAGCCAGGCCGAGGUUCCGAGGAUCACGGAGCCGCUCCAGAUCUAGGGAGCGUCCUACCUGGUCUGAUCAGAGAGACAGUCGCCACGGGGGUGGCUCGAGAGCGGAAUACUACGACCAGAGGGACGAUGCCCAGCGUCAACGCCAGGAAGCAUUCAUUGCCAGGCGUUUGCAGGAGAGAGAACGAAUAGGUGAACUUGGAGCCAGCGAGGUCUGGGGAUUUUCACCAAGAGUGAGAGAGCCAGACUCAGACGAACACACCCCAGUUGAAGAAGAACCCAAGAACAGUAACUCUGACAGUUCUGACGAGAAGAAAAAGAAGUCAAAGAAGAAGAAAAAGAAGUCAAAGAAGAAGAAGAGCAAGAAACACUCAGAGGACGACAGCGAAUCAGAAAGUGGAUCGGAAGCAGAAGAAGAAGUGAAAAAGAAGAAAAAGAAGAAGAAAAGCAAGAAGAAGUCCAAGGCCAAGAAGAAGAAGGCCAAGAAGAGCCGCAAGGAGUCCAGCAGCGACAGCAGCAGCAGCGACCAAUCAGACGACGAGGACCUGGACAAUGCCGUGUGGGUGGAGAAGAACAGUGAGGUCCUGGUGGGCCCCGAGACGCCGCUCACACACCUGGCCCAGGACGACAGGCCCCUGGAUUUCGGACAUGCUCUCCUACCCGGUGAGGGUGCUGCCAUGGCGGAGUACGUGAAGGCAGGAAAGCGUAUCCCAAGAAGAGGUGAAAUCGGACUGACCAGCGACGAAAUCGCCACAUUUGAAAUGUCUGGCUAUGUCAUGAGCGGUAGCAGACAUCGCCGCAUGGAGGCCGUGCGUCUGAGAAAGGAAAACCAGAUUUACAGCGCAGACGAGAAGAGAGCGCUGGCGUCCUUCAACCAGGAGGAGAGGCGGAAGAGGGAGAGCAAGAUUCUGUCCAGCUUCAGAGAGAUGGUGUACAGAAAGACAAAAGGCAAAGAACAGAAAUGAGGAACGCAUUGCAUUUCACAUCUUUGGUGGUGUAUUGUUUUUGGGGGAGUACAGGUUCUGACGAGAGCAUACUGUACUUUACAAUACUUUUAAGACAUUCAGCAAACUCGUUGUAACUCGUCUCUUUGUUUGUUUUGCAUUGAUUGAACUUAACACUGCCAUGGCUGCGAACUCACAACAUACUCAGCAUUGUACACAGCAUUGUAAACUGAUAUAAAAGCUGUGAGCUGUCAUUGAUUUACUCUUCAUUUUUCUAAUUUGGUUAUGUGUGGCACAUGUGCCCGCUAUCAGAGCUCAGCAUACAUGUGCAGCCCUUUGUGCUGAAUAUGUGCAGUAUCACUGUACAUUGUUAAUAGCUUUUAAACAGGCCAUUUAAAGUUUCACUGCAUAAUUGUCUGUUGUGUCUUUAGUGACAUUUCUUUUGUAGACAUAAUCGUCCGUAUUUGUGAGGCAAAAGAAAUGAAUGCAUUUUCAAAAGGUCAAUGAAAAUAACAUGGCAUUUUUAUUUGUACACAUCAGAUAGAUCUGGAAAGCAUAUUUUGAAUAUAAUAAACAUUUUGGUGAACAUCAAA